CGUUCGUUUUUCAGAAUACCCCGCCUCGAUUUAUUCUUCACCUUUCAUCACGCGACAUUUAUUCCCAUCGUGUUGCCGUGCCGCACCCCAGAACAUGUCUUGUAGGUCGCUGAGCCUACUCGGCGAUCCCAGCUCUGGUAAGACUCUUGUCGGAUGCCUCAUCUACAUGUGCGGGCUUGAGCUGUCACAAUUGGGGGAAUUUGAACGGAAAGGGAUUCACUAUGGGGACAUUCUGCCAUUCUACGAGGGAAGAGGGCAGUCUCUAUGUUUCCAUGCUCCAUCCGGCGUUUUUAGAGUUGAAAAAAGCCAAACGCCUGACGUUGCUAUCUGGGUUGUUGAUAGCUCGGACACGUUGACCUGGGCCACAUCGGCACAGAAACUGGCGGCUAUGCUGGAUAGUGGCGAGCUUCAACCACGUGAGAGGCUAAUAAUUGCAAUUAAUAAAAUGGACUCGGUCAGCUGGUCCGAAAAGACAUUCAAUGAUGCAGCUCACGUGUUCGGCGUUCUCAAUUUGAACGUGGGUACAUUCAUUAUUCCGGUUUCCGCUUCUAAAGGGCAGAAUGUACUUCCAGACUCGAGCGAGCCUUCGUGGGCAACCGGUCUAUCUUCACGACGGUCUGGGGUAUUGGGCAUGGUGUCGAGUGAAUGCUUAACAAGUCUAUUAGGAUAAAUACAGGCCCAUUUCCUCUUGAUCUAUUCCAUUAUCCAGUAUGGCAUUAUUAUUAGAAUGGAACCAGGGAUCCUUGUAUAACAAUGAAGAAACAUGAAGCCUGAUCCUCCUAAAAGGUCUUGUUAAUUAUAUCAGGGUUGUGUAGAUUCAGUCGACCAGCGACUCAAGAAGGCUACAUCAAGCCACCAGCUGCUUGAUUGGAAGUCGGAUAUGACAUGCUGCGGGGUCAUAUAUGAAUGACGGGUUACAAGUGUGAUGCUUGAAUGUCCGUGAGGCUGAGUCCCGACGGCCAAGACUGACACUAAACUUAGAACGAGUGCACAACUACUGCACACGAAUUCAUCUUUAUUAGGA